AUUGACACGGUUCCGGUUCCGGUUCGGCAGUUAACCGCCGGAACCGGAACCGGAACCGGUGGGCAUCUCUAAAUUGGUGGUAAUAAUCCUAGAGAGAGAGGGGGGGGGAGUCGUAAUCGUGGGGUCCAAUCCAAGGGCGUAGCAUUUGCAUAAAAGAGAUUCUUCCCCACAUUCGGCUGACCUCUCAUAGCAUUUUGGCUUCUUUUGUUUGAGCUAAAACAAGAAACUCAGCCAAGAAAGAGAGAUUUGGCAGAAAGUUUCUUUUUUGAGGAUACUACAGCACACAGACAUAUGUUUCUUCAUCCAUAGACCACAAAAUCAUUAUUUCAAUCAUCUUUCUCCUCUUGCUCAACAUCUUCACACAGUCACUGUGAGUGUAUAUCUUUUUCUUUUGUUAUAUAUUUUCAUCUCCUUCAUAUUGCUUGCUUUUCUCUGCUGCUUCUUCAAAUCAACGUGGGUUCUUGAUCUUUUUCCUUUAUUUGCUUAUAUUCGCAUCAUAGCUCCGUUUACAACUCAAAAGAUUCAACUUUUUGAGCUUUUCAAGAACAAGAUUUCAUCUUUUCAUUGCUCUGCAUAAGCAUAUCUCAUGAAUAAGUACAAAUAAUUAGGUGCUGCUGCCCUCUGAAAUGCAUUUCUGUUUGCAGUUGCAAACAACUUUUUACUGAUGGUGUUUGUGGCCGUGGGGCUGGUUGGUUUUUGGAUGAAUAGGGAAAGAAAUCCUUCUUGGAAGUUCCUCUUCUUGUUCUGCAUAUUCAACCUGCUUCUCUGUUUCGGCUCGUGAAUCUUCGGACUGUUCUAGAAGCUUCUUCUCCUGGUAUGGAGGAUUGAGGACGACAUAUCAUGGGAGAUGAUGGUUCCUUCAAGCCUAAGACCAUGGUUGAAACUUUGUCAGAUACCACCAAUCUUGAUUUCUCUGUCAUGGAUGAUCUCUUGUAUGAUGGAUUCUGGUUAGAGACUACUGAUGAAUCCAACUUCUGGCAGCCCUGCCCCACUGCUCCUACUGAUUUGAACCCUUCUUUCUUCUUCCCUUCUUCAGACACUAUUUUCAACACAAAUCCAGUUACUACUUUCUUGAAAGAAACUGAAAAACCAAGCAUCCCAUCUUUUACUUUCCCAGGAAUGGAUGACUUGUCUGGAAAUCGAGCCCCCAUCCCUUCGGUUUCCUUGGGCCAAUCCACUGAUUUCCUGUUUGAAGAAACUCAAGUGAGCAAGAGGCUGUGGGUGGCGCCAACCAGGAACCGAAUCCGGUCUGUCUCCGUGAAGAAGAAACUGGUGCAGGCAGUCGAUCACCUCAAGAAAUCUAUAAGAGAGAGUGAUGUCCUCGUUCAAAUCUGGGUUCCUGUUAAGAGAGGAGGCAAGCAAGUCCUCACAACUAAUAACCAGCCAUUCUCACUCAAUCCCAACAGCAAAAACCUUGCAGAAUAUAGGGAUGCUUCCCGGACCUAUCACUUUCCAGCAGAUGAGGACUCCAAGGAGCCCGCUGGGUUGCCUGGUCGCGUCUUCUUGAAGAAGCUUCCUGAUUGGACUCCGGAUGUUCAGUUCUUUAAACGAGAGGAGUACCCCCGGAAGAGUCAUGCUCAGAAGUGUGAUGUUAGAGGAUCACUCGCACUUCCAGUUUUUGAACGCGGUAGUGGCAAGUGCUUGGGGGUGGUUGAAAUCGUCACAACCAGUCGCAAGGUCAACUGCCGCCCUGAUAUUGAGACUGUCUGCAAAGCUCUAGAGGCUGUUGAUUUAAAGAGUUCUGAUAUAUUGGAACAAGGUCCACCCAAUAUGGAGGAGUCGUACCAAUUUGUGCUGAUGGAGAUCGGGAAUGUGCUGAGAUGUGUAUGCGACACACAUAAGCUGCCAUUGGCACAGACAUGGGCUCCGUGCAUUCAACAAGGAAAAGGAGGUUGCCGGCACUCAGACGAGAACUACACACAUUGUGUGUCGACACUGGACUCUGCCUGCUAUGUUGCUGAUCAAGAGGUUGCAGGCUUCCAUGAGGCCUGCUCUGAGUAUCACUUACUCAAAGGUGAAGGCAUUGCUGGGAAAGCUUUCCUGACAAAUCAGCCAUGUUUCUCCUCGAACAUCACAGAGCUUAGCAAAACAGAAUAUCCCCUAGCGCAUCACGCCCGGGUGUUUAAUUUGCAUGCUGCUGUAGCAAUACGGCUCAGGAGUACAUACACGAGGGAUGCUGAUUUUGUUCUGGAGUUCUUCUUGCCCAUAAACUGCAAAGGACCAGAAGAUCAGAGAAAGAUGCUCGACUCAUUAUCAUCUGUAGUGGAACGAACUUGCCAAAGCUUACGUGUAGUAACAGAUCAGGAGCUAGCCCGGGAAACAUUGGAUAGAGAAACAAGCAGCACUCUAUCCGAUGGAAAACGGCCAAGGUUGGAAGAUAUUCCCUCGAAAGAAGCACCUUCACCCUGGAUUACACAAAUGAUGGAGCCCCAGCACAAGGGCAAAGGAGUUGCUGUUGCUUUGGGUUAUGAGAAGGAGGAACCAGGAGAGUUCAUUGUGACAACCCAAUGGGAUAAGCCGGGUGUAGAGUUCCAUCAAGCGCCAGCUUUUCUGGAGCACGACCAACACCAUCAGCAGGACUCGGGAUCCAAAGAUGGCAGUGGUAGUUUCUUCAUUACGAGCAGACCUCUUCCAGCUGGUGCUAAAACAAACACAGAAAAGAGAAGGACAAAGACUGAGAAGACUAUUAGUUUGCAAGUACUUAGGCAAUAUUUUGCUGGGAGUCUAAAAGAUGCUGCCAAGAACAUUGGAGUGUGCCCAACUACCUUGAAAAGGAUAUGCAGGCAGCAUGGGAUUACCCGAUGGCCUUCUCGUAAGAUCAAGAAAGUUGGCCACUCAUUGAGGAAACUUCAACUUGUGAUUGACUCGGUCCAGGGCACCGAGGGUUCCAUUCAGCUAAGUUCGUUCUACAACAACUUUCCAGAACUCAGCUCUCCAAAUGCACCAGAAACGAGCCACUUGCCAACAUCUACAGUGGGUGGCGAGCUGCAACAAGUAAACAAUCAACCCGAGGGUACUUUAAGCCCUGGAACUACUUCCUCUGGCAGCCACAGUUCCAGUUCAAGUUACUGCUGUUCUACUGGGGUGAAGCAGUCGUCUUUCCCAGUCAACGGCUCCAGCAGUGGUGAUGCUUUAUCAGCAGAACAAAAUGAAGGGAUGCUGAAAAGAGCAUGGAGUGAUGCAGAAUUGCAUCAGUUGAGCCAAGAGGACUCAAAGCUUCUUGUUCGAUCAUACAGCCAGAAGAUUUUCAGUGACCAUGCCUCAAAUGAGGCUCCACCUGUACCAAAAACUAGCAGCAAGGUUCAAGAGGUAGGAUAUUUUAGAGUAAAAGCUUCUUUGGGUGACGAGAAGAUUCGUCUCACUCUGCAACCACACUGGGGAUUCAGAGAGUUGCAGCAAGAGGUGUUGAGGCGUUUCAACCUUGACAAUGGAAGUAGAGUUGAUCUGAAAUAUUUGGAUGACGACUCUGAAUGGGUGCUCUUAACCUGCGAUGCUGAUCUUGAAGAAUGUAAAGAUAUACACACAUUGUUGAAGAGCGGAACAAUUAGACUCUCUCUAAAUCAAGCAUAUUAUCAUCCUAGUCUUGGAAGCUCAUUUGGUAGUAAUGGCCCCUUCUGAAGUUUUUCUUACCAUGAAUAAGAGACGAGAACCAAGGAUGGGUGUAACAGGCUGUAAUAGUAGGAAUGCAUACAGAAUGGCAACUAUUUCAUGGCCAUCUAGUAUUCUGUAGACUAGUUAAGUGAGAUAGUGAUGCUAGAUAUUCACUAUCUCUCAGAGUUACAUGACUGUUUCUUCGUACAAUAUUUCCUUCUGGUUCUUUUUUAAGCAGUGCAAUUGAUACUUCUGUACCAUAAUAUGUACAAAGAGUUUCUCAUGGAUUUAUUUGAAGCCUCUGCAAAUUCUGUUA